AUGCUGUUCCGGACCGCUUUGGCGCUUAGCCUCUUAUUGGCGUUUUGCGACGCCCUGUCGCGGCAAAAGAGAAUCGUCGGCGGAUAUCCUUCGCUGCUGCCGAAAUCCGACGGUUUCAACGACAACCAACCAUCCGGUAAUUCCGGUAAUUCCGAGACUGAUGAGAAUAACGUGGUACAAGUGCAAGACGACUACCGGUCUGCCACGGUCACCGGUGUCGAGGAACCCGAAGGCUAUCAAGCGUACAAAGGCAUCAGGUACGCCGAACCACCCGUGGGAAGACUCAGGUUUCAGCGUCCAUCUUUUGUUCGUCUUUCUGGAAAAAUCGAUGCAACCAAAUUUGGAUCUCCUUGCCCACAGUUGAGUUCUGAUGGCAGUGGACUAGUUGGAAGUGAAGAUUGUUUAUUUCUCAAUGUGUUCACUCCGUUGAAAAAACUCAAGAACUCAAAGAUUCCAGUAUUGAUUUGGAUACACGGAGGAGGUUUCUUUAGUGGUUCUGCUUUACAAUAUGGACCUGCCCAUUUAGUGAAAAAUAAUAUUAUUGUAGUUACAAUACAAUAUAGACUUGGAUCAUUAGGUUGGCUUACAAGUAAUUUAAAAGAACUUCCUGGAAAUGUUGGAUUAUUUGAUAUGCGUGCUGCUGUUAAAUGGGUUACAGAAUAUAUUCAUCAUUUUAACGGAGAUCCAGAACGAAUAGUUGUAUCUGGUCAAGGUAGUGCGGCUAGUGCUGUAACAUUACUGGCAAUGUCAGAUUUUUCAAAAGGAAUGAUAAGUGGAAUUGUUGCAAUGAGUGGUAGCCCAGUGUCUGCAUUUGCAGUAGACCCUGCACCAAAACAAACAUAUCAAAAUAUGACUACGUUACUAGGAUGUGAUCAAUCUGUUCCAUUAGAAGCAAUUCGAUGUUUGCAAAUGUUAUCAAUCCAAACCAUUAUUGACUCUGACUUUGAAUAUCAGAAUACAAAAUUAGGAAAUGAAGGAUACUUAACUGGAUUGGGUAGUUUGUUAAAUGUUGGUCCUGCUGUGGAAGGUAACAAUGAUGACCGUUUUUUGCCAAAUUUCAUCCUAGAUUCACCACUACAAUUAUUGAAGAAACACAAAUCACCUAAAAUCCCAAUGCUUACUGGUGUUAAUAAGUUAGAAACUAAAUCAGGAAUUUUGGGAAAAUACCAAGAUCAAGUAAUUGACAAUUUGAACAAAAUACCAGACUAUGUUAAUAAAGUACUACCACAGAAAGUGCUUAAUACUAAUACAGGUUUUUUCGAAGAUGGAAGUGUAAAUAAUGCUCUAAAGAACUUAUUUGAAAAUAUUGAAUACUUAAACUUAUUCAAACCAAAAAUUAAAACUGGGCUUAAAGAGCUGGUUACAAAAGUUAUGCAGGGAACAACGGACGCAUUAUUCAACAUGCCUGCAUUCUUUACAUCACAUUUAUGGUCAGCACGUAGCAAUACAUACUUUUAUAGUUUUGAACAUAAACCCAGUAUUAAAUCUCCAGGAAAAUGGUUUUUACCAAACAUAUUGGGGAAUCCUAAUGAAGAAGUAUCCAAAAAUGACGGAACCAAUUCUCAACAUGUUAGAGAGCCUGGCCAUGGAGAUGAAUUGAUAUAUUUGUAUGAUGUAAGGUCCAUUGAAGGUAAACAAAUUUCGGGAACCGAACUAAAAGAUAAAAAAGAUAUUGAAAUGAGGGAUAAUUUUACAUCAUUAGUAGCAGAGUUUGUAAAGAAUGGAAAACCAAAAUUAAAAAUAUUAGGAGAUGAAUGGCCUUCAUUUACUUCUUCAAAACAAUCAGAUUAUGUUGUACUUGGUGAGAAUUCACGUAUUGGAAAUAAGUUCCGUUUUUGUGAAAUGGGAUUGUGGGGUGGCGUGCCAGACAUAUUACAAUCAACAGACUGCCACUUUCAGGGAAUAUCUGAUAUAUUGAAAACAGUCCCAGAUUUAUUACAAAAUGGUGUGUUAGGCGAAGGGGUGGUAAAUUUACUACCUCGAAACCCAAUUGAUGGUUUACUAAAAAAUGGUAAAAAUCCAUCAUUAGAUAUUAAAAAUGUACCAUUGCUAGAUACUAAUUUAGGUCCUACAAAUGGAAUAAGAAAUACAUUAGCAUCAGGUAUAAAAAGACAAGAUGCCACUACCAGACCACCUAAUUCGAAUACACAAAAGCCAACUAAUAUAAGGUCAAGUGGUUUUGGCACAGUUUCAGGUUUCCCUAGACCAUUAUUUGGUUAG